AUGGAUGGCCAUCUAUCAGACGCGCAGCUAAGGGAGUUUACAUAUGAGGGACAGUUUGACGACCAUACUCUAGACGGGAACCUACCGCCAGUUGAAGCUCUGUUACCCCGCGAAGGCACAGCGACCAUCGGCACUCUCAGCCGCCUAACACGAGAGUGCCUACAUAUCAUAUUCAACCAGCUCGACAUCGACGCAAUAAUCAACUUCCAAUCCACAAGCCACGGCUCACUAGCCUUUAUCUCUUCCCUGCCCACCUACGCCGCCAUCAGCAAGCACGCGCGAAACGCAAUCCGCGGCGCCAGGAUCAUCGGCACGAGCCAUCGCACGACGUGCCCCGAGCUCUACCGCAAGCUCCGCCAGUCCACGUGCGAUAACUGCGGCGAGUUCGGCGGCUACAUCUACCUCGUCACCUUCAAACGACUCUGCCUACUAUGCCUCUCGACGCACCUGUCAUUCCUGCCCGUAGGGCGGCAGUGGGCGUGCCGCUACUUCGGGCUCGACAGCAGUACCGUGAACUCCCUGCCGCGGUUGCUUACCCUGGGCGGGAGGUACUCGCCGGAGGGCGUCAGACUGCAGAACAAGCAGAUCCUGGUGGACUACGACGCCGCUCGCGAGGCGGGCAUCGCGCGGCACGGCUCCCUGGAGGAAAUGGAGGCGUACGUCGCGGCGGCCCGGGGGCGAGCUGGUCGGCGCAGGGGACCUCCUGAUGGGAAGGCCGGCAACCCGCUGCGCUUCGCGGCCGUGGUCCGAUUCCCCUGGUACGACGAGGCUUCGGGCGAGCUGGAAUGGGGCUUCCACUGCAGAGGGUGCGAGAAGUCGGAGCAGCGGUCAGCGCUCUGCCGGAAGAAGUACAACGUGACGUCUUUUCGCAGGCAUAUUCAAACGUAUGGGCCGGUGCAAGAUGGGGAGCACAGGAAGUGCGUUACGUUCACGGACUAG